GAAAGAGAGAGAGAGAGAGAGAAAGAGAAAAAGGGAAAGUUGGUUUGGCAACGUUAUAAGUUUCUGCAUUCCAUUAGGGUGUAAUUCUGACCUCUAAGGUUGGAGAGAAAGCAUUUAUUGAAGCCUGAGCAAAGCUCUUAGAAACAUCAUCAGGAAUAUCUAUAUAGAAAGAAGGAGAAAAGAUCAGAAGAAGUGAUGUCAACAACUUCACAUACCAUUGCUCACCACAGCUUAUUUGAGGAGCAAGAUCAGAUUCAUACACAGAUGGGGUUCUUUCCCUUUCCAUCAAACCUUACUUUGCCUCCUUUGGGUUGCCAUCAAUCCUCUCUGAAAGCCUUCACCUCCAUAACAACACCUUCUUCACUUGCCAUAUCUCAACAGGAUUCUUCUACAUCAAAUCUAACAGAAACCCUAUUUCACAACUCAACUUCUACCUUUGGAGGAGCUCAGUUCCUGUCCUUGCAUAGAUCCAGUCUAAAUCCAUGGGCACUGGGAGAAGUGAGUGACUGCUUCGGCAGUAAAAGAAGUGGAUUUGAUGAUCAUCAUCAUCUGGGAAUUUCAGCCAUGAAGAUGAAGAAAAUGAAGGCAAGAAGGAAGGUUAGAGAGCCUAGGUUUUGCUUCAAGACUAUGAGCGAUGUGGAUGUAUUGGACGAUGGCUACAAGUGGAGGAAGUACGGACAGAAAGUUGUGAAGAACACGCAGCACCCCAGAAGCUAUUACCGUUGCACACAAGAUAACUGUCGUGUAAAGAAACGCGUGGAGCGCUUAGCGGAGGAUCCGAGAAUGGUGAUAACAACAUAUGAAGGGAGACAUGUUCACUCUCCAUCAAAUGAUCUUGAAGAUUCUUCGUCUCCAUCUCAACUUGGGAACUUCUUAUGGUAGAUUAGUAUUAUUAAGUGAACAUAAUAUUUGUGUAUAAUGCUUGAGGGUGUGCUUUGUUGAGAUGAGAAUUGAAUAAGUAUAGAGAAUGCUGAUCAUGUAUUCAUGAAAUGCAUCAUCUUCUCUAUCAACCAAUCCAUUGUUUUCAUCACUUCCAAGCACACCAUAAGAAUGUUGUUGAUUUUUUUCU